AUGGCCAUUAUGUUGAAUUCGACAAUCACUGGACGCCCGCAACGCACUUGUCAAUUUAAAGGUGAUGAUUACAUCUUCAGCUUAUUAACUGGGCAUCCAGAAACAAUGAUGGACAUUAUGCGCAUGGAUGCACAAACAUUCAUUCUAUUAAAAGAUACCUUACUUCAAAAUGGCUUUAUCGAAAUUGAACAUAUGCAUAUCAGUGUGGAAGAAUCGCUUGCCAUUUUUUUGUACACUUUUGCACAAAAUGACCGACAUAGACUACUAGCCGAUAGAUUUCAACACUCCACUGAAACAAUUUGUCGGCAUAUCAAAAUCAUUAUGCGGGCACUCUGUAAGCUUGCAACAACGGUUAUCAAACCACAUAAUGAAGAUGAAAUUUCGGCAAAAAUUUUAAACGAUAGGAGGUUUUUUCCUUGGUUCAAGGAUUGUAUCGGUGCUAUCGAUGGGACUUUGGUGGAUGCGUGGGUCCCUGCUGCAAGACAGAAUACAUUCCGUGGUCGCAAAGCUACGGUAGCGCAAAAUGUACUAGCAGCUUGCGACUUCGACAUGUUUUUCAUAUUUAUCAAUUCUCGAUGGGAAGGUAGCGCCCACAACGACGCAAUUUUGGUUGACUUAAUCACAAGAGCUGAUCUACAUUUCUCACACCCUCCCCAUGGCAAGUAUUAUUUAGUUGAUGCCGGCUUCACGAACAUGCCUGGAUUUCUUGCCCCAUAUCGUUCCCAACAAUAUCACUUGCAAGAGUUUCAUGGCCGUGAUUAUUUUGGUCCCAAGGAAUUGUUUAAUCAUCGACAUUCGUCAUUACAGAAUGUCAUAGAAAGAACAUUUAGUGUUCUGAAGAAGCGCUUUCCAAUAUUGCGGUCCAUGCCAAAUUACAAGUCAACAAGACAAGGACCCCUAGUGAUUGCAUGUUGUGUAGUACAUAAUUGGAUCCAUUUGCAUUCAGCGAUGGACCCAUUGUUCAUGGAAGUUGACAAUGAAAUGGCGGCUAAAGCAACUGCAGAAGGGUUUCUUGGCGGCGAAGCAAAUUAUGUUGAUAUGUCACAACAUGGGUUGACGUACCAAUCAAACUUCAGGGAUGCACUUGCUAUUGCUAUGUGGCAAAAUCAUGUUAGCCAUGGGUAG